AUGGCCAACCAAAAUGAAAACCCCAUUCCUUCCCCCACCACCGAUGUUCCGGCGGACACCACCGCACAAACAGCCACUUUGGCCGAACACUGGAGCCCGAAUAUGCUCCAGCAGGCUCACCAUUAUGUCUCUAUCAAGUUGACAUCCACGAAUUAUCUAUUCUGGAGAGCUCAGCUUGUACCCUUUCUGCGUGGACAAAAUCUCUACGGAUUUGUCGAUGGCACAAACGCGUGCCCAUCAGAGUUCAUCUCCACCUCUUCGUCGACGGCGGCUCCGACACCGAAUCCCCUCCACGCUAUUUGGGUUCAACAGGAUCAGUCUAUCCUGAGUAUGCUCAUCUUGUCCUUAGCUGAAGAGGUAAUGUAUCUGGCUAUAGGACACACCACCUCCAAGUUUGUGUGGGUGGCUGUCGAGACAGCGCUUGGUUCAUUCUCACGAGCGAGGUCACUUAGCCUCCUCAGCCAGCUCCAGAACCUCCGACAAGAAGACAUGACGCCGACGGCGUAUCUUGGCAAGGCGCAGGUUCUUGUUGAAUAG